AUGGACACACCACCAAAAUUAAAUGAUUUGACAAAACUCCUAGUACAGUUUAGAGCCAACCAGUUUGCUACAUGUACUGAUAUUGAGAAAGCUUUCUUACAUGUUGGAUUGAGCGAAGAAGAUAGAGAUGUUACCCGAUUUUUAUGGCUUAGUGACCCUACAAAUCCAGGAAGUCAGCUGAAAACUUAUAGGUUCAAAGCAGUGUUAUUUGGAGCGACGUCUUCGCCCUUUAUACUCAACGCCACAAUACAGAAACAUUUGAAACAAUUCGGAAACAGUGAAACAGCUAAAAUUCUAGAAAGAGAUAUUUACGUUGAUAACAUAUUGUCUAGUAUGAACAAAGAGGAAGAUUUACUUACGUAUUUCAAAGAAGCAAGAAGCUUGAUGGCUGGAGCUGGAUUCAACUUGAGAUCAUGGAGUUCAAACAGUGCUAAAUUACUAGAAUUAGCUAAAGAAGAAAACGUCCUAGAUACGGAUAAGUAUACCAAAAUACUUGGAAUGUUGUGGAACAGUCGUAGCGACGAGAUUUUUUACCCUAAGCGUGAUAUUCCUACACUGGAACUACUUCAACAUGUAACUAAACGAGAAGUUUUGAAAUAUUCUUCUAAGAUUUAUGACCCACUAGGCUUACUUAGUCCGAUUACAAUUAGAGCGAAAAUUAUGAUACAAGAGUUAUGGAAAUGUGGAUUAGAUUGGGACGAACUUAUACCAGAUAAUUUAAAGACUACGUGGAUAGAUUUGACCAAAGAUUUGGAAAAGGCAAUACAAUUCACUAUUCCUCGAUAUUACUUUAGCAAGCCAUCAACAUCAACAGAAUUAGUACUUCAUGUAUUUACAGACGCAAGUCCAAAGGCGUACGGCGCAGCAGCUUAUUUGAGUAACGAAAACGAAACAACUUUAGUAAUGGCGAAAACCAGAGUAGCACCAGUCAAAUGCUUAACCCUCCCACAACUUGAACUUAUGGCAGCAAUCAUCGGCGCACGACUAGCUGCACAUCUUCAUUCAACACUUAAUUAUCCAAAAAUUGUAUUUUGGUCAGAUAGCAGCAUCGUUCUUCAUUGGCUAACAUCUACGAAGACUUUGAAACGUUUUAUAGCUAAUCGAGUGAGGGAAAUAACAGAAUUGACGCAUCCAUACAAAUGGCGAUAUUGCCCUACUGAUAACAACCCGGCAGAUCUUCUAACAAGAGGACUUACAAUUGAACAAUUUGACCAGAGUAUACUUUGGCAGAAAGGACCACAUUGGUUAACAGAUAGUACAAAAUGGCCGUAA